AUGCGCCGAGGCAUACCAGCUGGCUAUGUCAAUGCUCUGGAAAAGCGGCUCGCUGAGACAGAAAAGGCCCUGUUCUUCGCGCUCGCUGAAGCUCGCGCUGGGACACACGGCGACGCCAUAUCACGGCCUUCUCUGAGGUCAUCCGUGCUUUCCAGGUCCACUCCGACGACGCAGCAAGAGAAGGCAGAAUUGAUGGCCCUUUGGAGCAAGAGCCCACUGGAAGAUCGCGCGCAGGUAGAGGCAUGGUUCGAGGUGAACAAAGAGGAAGGCGCGCUCCCAGUCAGCGUGGAUCUCGGCCAGACUCGCACCGUGAGAGAACUUGAGGCAGUGGCGCCCGUCACGCCUCCGACGGAGGGUCCAGCCAACGCUGGCAGCCUUGCAGCCCGGACAUACCACGAUGGCCAGCUGGGCGGUUCUGUCUCUACGCCAGCAGAUGAUGGACAGAGCCGUGACUCGGGCUCGCCUCGACUGAGCAUGCGUGCCCAACGAGCGCCCCGUCUUUCGAGGCACUCUCCGCUUAGUCGAGGGAGCACGACUCCUGGGGCAGGUCUGCCGCAGACCAGUAAGGCAAAUAGAUUCGCCAACGAUAAUAAAAGGCUUUAUUUUUAA